AUGUGUCUGUUAAUAUCUAACAACAAAAUCUAUCAGAAAAGGUAUCAAGAGCAUGAAAAAAUAUUAGCAAAAAGUUCACACAAAAAAGAACUCCAAAAUCAACAAUUUCAGAAACUAAAAACAUAUAACAACAAAGUUUAUCAGAAAAAUGACAACACUGGCAAUAUUGACUUUAAUAAUAAAAAUUUAUUUUGA